UGACGUAUUGACUGAACCCAAUGUAACUUGAGUAAAAUUCAACUGACCAAAUUCUAAAUCCAAAAUCCAAAUAAUUUAUUAGAAAUUAGACAGUGGAGUUGUUUUGCAUGGCUAGUUUUUGUUGUUGUCAUAUGAGAUGGUAAAAGUUGUACUAAUUCUUGUUCAUGUCUGCUCUAUAACGUACWAUAAAACAUUUAGCUUUGAAAAUACUUCUUGUUAACACUUUCUUGAGCACUCAGUUUCAAUAGCUGUUGUGAACUUAUGGUGAUGUGGUCAGAUCCAUCGUCAACAAAUAUGGCUAAUGGAAACCAAUGGAUGAAUCCAACAUUUUAUAAAAAUAUGAACAACGAAAAAAUGGAUUGGGCAAGUUUGGCUCARCAUUGGAUAAAAGUGGAAAAAACUUCACUCGCUAUUUCCCCUGGACAACAAGUAAAGAUUCCACUUUCUGAACACAGUUUUCUCAAACUCGGUCAGCAAGUAGAUGAAGUACCUAAGAAUUCUUCAAACUUAGCAGCAGCAACAAAUAAAAUGCUUAGUGAUCAUAAUAUUUCAUGUCCUGAUACAAGAAAUAAUAUAGAGAGACCAAGAGCUUUGAAUACAUGGACUUUGCAGCAAAAACAAUCRAUUUGGUAUUGGGCUUCUACUUCAACAGUUCCACCAACUAAAACACCUGUUACAGAGUCAGUUAAUUCUCUGAGACCACCUUUUGUACCUCCUAUAUUAUCUGAACCACCCACAUGUUUUCCAAUGUUGACACCAAACAGACCAUUUCCACCUAAUAAUUAUUGGGCAGGGCCCAAUACUACAGUUUUAUCACCUUCUGAAUUAGAUCAAUGGAAURAACUUAAUAUGAUUUCCAAAGUGGAUGAUAGAACUCAAGAUCCAUCAUUUAUUAUGUUAAUGGAUGUUACUAAUGAUAUGAUGUUAAGCGUAGUUAAAGAGGUGCUAAACACUACUCAACAAAUAGAUAUUCAAGGAAAUCAAAACCUAACAUCAUUAGCUGGUAAGCUGGGGCUUGGAAUUUAUGGUUCAGAAUCUGAGUUGUCAGAUGAAAACGAUGAAGAGCAGCACUCAUCAUGUCAUAAGCAACUAAAACAAGAUUCUGAUGAAGCUAUUCGAGAAAGAAUAUUGAAACGACAACUUGAGUUCAGUAAUAUUGAAGCUAGGAUACUUUUGGAAUUGGAUCAAUUAGAAGAUAAGGAAAAAAUUGUGAGGGCUAAAUUUGAUGAUAGUGUCAUGCUGAGUGGAGAAAUGAAUAAUAUUGGUAGUCAGGUAGUGGAAAACAUUCAGACAAAAGGGCGUAAUGAAGAUGUAGAAUAUAACCAAAAGAUUGACAAGUGUCAUGAUGAGAUAAAAAAAGAAUUACCUAAUGAUUUGGAUAUUAAAAAUGAACAUGAAAAAAAAUCUAAAUCCAAAAGUUCAUCAAGUUCUGGUUCAUCAAGCAGUAGUAGUGAUAGUAUGAGGAAUGAUAAUACUGACAGUAAAUACAAUUUUAAGAAAAACGAUAAAAUUGAAUCCAAAUCUUCGUAUGAAAAAACUUUAAAUGAUAGUAUAAAAAUAAAACAAAGAUYGCGAUCUAGAAAUAAAAGUAGAUCUCAUUCAAGAUCUAAGCGUAGUAGGUCACAUUCAAGAUAUGGUAGAAAAUCUCCACAUAGUUUUAGAUCAAGACAAAGUCGAUCGCCAAGAUUAAGUCAUUCAUAUUCCACAAAGUUUAAAAGCAAAUGGAAUAGUUCUAGUUCAAAUGAAUCGAGAAGUGAUGAACUCUAGUAUAGAUGAUAAUUUUCUAGUCAAAAUAUUGUUUUAAGAGGUUAAACUCUUAAUUAUUGUUUUAUUGAAAUUACUCAUUAAA